ACAUAACAGAAAUGUUGAGAGAAUGUGUGUUAUCAUUUAUUACCUCCAUAUAUCAUAUUAACAAUAACAUGCAUUUCUUUUUGUCAGCAGAACAAAAGCCAUUGACUUCAACAUCAUGCCAGUUCAGGCUUUCUCAUUCCCUAUACCUGAAACAAGGUUCUUUCAGGUUGGCCAACACGUCUACAAGUUCAAGAUAAGACGAGGAAGUAAAAGCAGUGGUGACGAGACAUUAGACAGUGGGUUUGUCAAUGAGGAGCUUGAGAAUGCUGUACGAGUCAUACUUAUGAGUCUGGACAAUCUUCAUCCGUUCACCACGCAGCAUUUCAGCAUCUUUCCUUAUAAGAGUAGGUGGGAGCGGGUAUCAGAGUUAAGAUUCAAGAAAGGAGACAAGAAAUUAUUUGCGUACCCCUUCCUCAUCACGUUGUAUGUGGAGAUAAAUGAGCCAAUCCCUUCACUCACAGUGAACUCUGCUCACAAAUGGGUCCCUUCAAGAAGUACCUUUCAACUAUCUGGUGACAGAGACUCUGGAUUGCACAGUCCACAACUUCCUACCUCCCCUGCCAGUCCUCCAGAUAAUGAACCGAAACGCAGGAGAACAGAGGAACCACAAGAGGGCCCUCUGAGCCUAGACCACCGUGACAAGAAGGCGACACAUUCAUGUCUCCAAGAGUUGCCGAACGUGUCUGGAGGUGCUGAAGAGUCGGUUUGUGACAAUGAGGAUUCUAAAUACGCUGAUUCAGAGGAGUCUUCACCAGGUGCCACAAGUCCAGAGCUUCAUGAUAAAGAAAAAGCAGGAGUCCUUGUUAGACUGGCUAGCAUUGUAGCGUUUCCCUUCUCUCUGCUGUUCAAAAGGACCUGAUGACACCGUAAAUUUAUAUAUAUAUAUAUAUAACAUAUUUCAACGUUCAUUUACAACAAGCAUCACAUUUC